AUGCUCCAAAUAUUGUUUUUCGCUGCUGUGGGUAUCUCACUGAUUUUCAACGUUGUAGGACUCAUUACGAACCUGUUUAUUGCAGUGGUCAACUACAAGACUUGGCUCAAAAGCCACAGAAACUCCUCUUCUGAUAGGAUCCUGUUCUGCGUGGCCAUCACCAGAUUUCUUAUGCUGGGACUGUUUCUACUGUACCUUAUCUGCUUCUUCAUCUUUCCAAAUAUUGAAAGGUCAGUCUAUGCAUCACUUUUUUUCCUGUUGUGCUGGAUGUUUUUGGACUCUAGUGGUCUCUGGUUUGUCACCUUGCUCAACACCUUGUACUGCGUGAAGAUUACUAACUUCCAACACCCAGUUUUUCUCCUGCUGAAACGAAAUCUCUCCCCACAGCUCUCCAGGCUGCUGCUGGCCUGUGUGCUGGUGUCGGCCGUCAGCACUCUCCUGUAUAUUGUGCUUGUACAGACAUUAGCCUAUCCUGAAUUUGUGCCCAGGAGAAAUGGCACAGUAUUUGACAUCAAUGAGCGUGUCCUGUCUUUGGUGAUCUCUUUGGUCUUGAUCGCAUUUCUCCAGUUCAUCAUUAAUGUGACUUCCGCGUCCUUGUUAAUACAUUCCUUGAGGAGACAUAUACAGAAGAUGCAGAGAAAUGCCAGUGGUUUCUGGAACCCCCAAACUGAAGCUCAUGUGGGUGCCAUGAAGCUGAUGCUGUAUUUCCUCCUUCUCUACAUUCCAUAUUCAUUCUCUGCCCUGUUCCGUAACCUCCCUCCUUCUAUGGAGAUGGAAUUGGGAAUCAGGUUUAUGUAUCUAAUUAUUUGUAAUCUUUAUCCUGCAGGACAUUCUCUUCUCAUUAUUCUCACACAUCUUAAACUGAAAACAAAAGCAAAGAAGAUUCUUUCUUGCAAGCAGUAG